UUGGCAUCCUCUGGAGACUACGUGCAUAAGCAGGCACGUGCAGUCCACCCGAUUAACGCUGACGUUGCUACAAGGGAGAUAGCUGAUCCUAACGCUUCCGAAUUAGAUGUCACCACAUGGAUGCCAACUGCUUCGCCGUGCGUUUCUCCACCCACGAGAGUCCGAAAAUCUUUAGAAAAGAUCGUAGAGAGGUUGAAAUCGCCUCACGAUGAUGUUCCUCGUGAUCCUGCACCGUCUUCCUCUGAAGUAGCGUCCUCGUGCAGUUUGUUGACAAGAAAAGUGCUACCGUUUCACAGGAAAAAUUCGCCAAGCCGUUCGAUCCAGCCCGGGCAUUCUUCAGGUACGGCUCAUCAACUGAGUCCUUUGUAG